ACCAGGAAGUACUGCUUGCGGAGCAACAUAGAUAUAUAUCUAUGGCGGAGCAAAAACUGGAAGUAGCGGAAACUAUAUACUGUCUAUGAGCGGAAAGCUAAAAGCUAACUACACUGUACUUCUCGCUGUAAUCGAGCUGCGUUGAGGUUAAAACUACAUAAUUUGUUUAAAAGUGCUGGCAUCUUUCUCGCUGGUGAAGAGUCGGUCUUUCAAACAGCUUGACUCUCCUGGUCAACUUGAUCCCUCCGUGUGUGUGUCGCUUUGGCUGCAGUCCUCAGUCUCUCUGGGUGGGGGUGACACUGGCUCUGUGCCAGUCCUCUGUAGAUGAAGAUGUCCCUGGCCCAGCGAGUGCUCCUAUCCUGGAUCUUCGCCCUGAUCUUCCUCAUCAUGCUGGUCCUCAAGCUGGACUCUAAGAUCCACUGGAACUGGUUUAUCAUUUUCCUCCCUGUCUGGACCUUUGACACCAUCCUCAUCCUCAUGCUGAUAGUGAAGAUGGCGGGGCGCUGCAAGCCGGACUUUGACCCCAGGGAUGGCGAGCAGAGCCUGAAGAGGAGGCUGUGGUACCUGACAGCCCUGCUGCUGAAGCUGGCAUUCUGUCUGACACUGUGCUCCCGCCUGCAGAGACUCACUGAAAUGUGGGUCAGUGUGGUGUGUGUCCCUCUGUGGGUGCUGCUGGGUGGGGCGCUGGUGGAGCUGGGGCACAGUGUUUUCCAUUACAGAAGGGAAUGAGCCAGAAGACUACAUAGGGGACAAUAACUUUUUACGCUCAAGCAUCUCUUGCUUGGGAUGCACCAAUCUGAUCCACUUGAUUGGCACAAGGGCCCAUACUGAUCUUCUUAAGUGGAUCGCGGCAGACGUGACAGAUCCACAUUAAAUAGAUUCUUUGUCAGUGUCAUAACAUUCACUGCGUCUGCUAUAAGUUGCAUUUAAAUCACAGCAGGUUGCAGACUCACUGAGUCGGCGUUCCAGUAAGUUCUACACAGUUUGGUUUACAGGUUUAUAAGGGAGGAGAGCACUAGUAUCGGAUCAGGAAUCGGUAUUGGAAUUUUCCAUAAAGAAAAAGUCGGAAAUCUCACAACAGUAAGAGCUAAUUGUUUGUCACUCUGUGAUACCAUUGGAUCUUUGUUCAAAAUGGAGAUUUCACAUACACCAGUCCACAGUUUGGCAUUUUAAGAAUACAUCCAGCAUUUAUUUUUUGGCCUUCUGGCUCGACUACAGGAUUUCAUUAAUGGUGAACGGGGCUAGAGGAUAAUACGAUUUUUAUUUGAUAUAAGCUUACCUGCUUAAGCUUACUUGCCACUGUGUUUAAGAAAUGGAGCUAAGCAAACGGAGACACACAUGAUCUGCCAUUGUGAUCCACAAUCAGUUACUUGCUUCACCUUUUAGAGCGAAAUCCCACAUAUGUACACACAAACACAGUAAUAUCCAAUGGGGGGAUCAUUGGGGCACUGAAACUAGUUGUGAAUUGACAGUAUGAAAUUAUCCAAUCUGCACUAGAAUGCACUGUGUGCCAAUGAGACAUGUUAUAUUUGUGGAAUCACUGUUAUUUGUCAGUACCCAUCCCAGGAUGUCCCUCUGCCACUGACAAUUUGAAUGCAAAUGCAUAACUUCCUCUAACCACAUACCAACUACUGUGGCACCAAAAUUCAUAACAAUCCAUCCAACCGUUUACAG